AUGGCAGCUCCUCUCGUCACCUUGGACGAGGAAUGGCAGGAUUUUUAUGAACUGAAGCCGGACCGAGCCGGCGAGCAGGCUCGGUCCGAGGCAGAGGACAGUCUGAAUGAGCUGGGCUCCCUCAGCUCCCUGACACUGCCUCAGCCCCUGGAAGAAAUGGGCGAACUGGACAAUUUCAGCACCGACAUCAUCAGUUUCAAGUCCAUGGAGGACCUGGUGAACGAUUUCGACGAGAAACUCAACGUUUGCUUCCGAAAUUACAACGAGAAGACGGAGAAUUUGGCCCCGGUGAGAAAACAGGCGGUGGAGGAGGAAGAAUUAAUCCGAGACGACGAGAUCUGGGAUGCUCUGACCGACAACUACAUCAUGAGCACAGCUGAUGACUGGCGGACAGCACGACUACAGGAACUCAAUAUGAAUCUCUCCAACCUGGAGGUUAGUGACAAGGAUAGUAUCAGUGAGGAUGGAGAAUUAAUUGAAAAGUUGGACAUCAUCGUAUCCUGCAACAGUGAGGAGCCUCUCUUCACCGCCGAACAGGUCAUUGAGGAGAUUGAAGAGAUGAUGCAGAAUUCCCCUGACCCUGAGGUUGAGGAGACUCCAUCACAGUCCGACAAACUCUCAGACCUCUCGCAGGAUGUUCAGGUGUUCAAACCAUCCAGCAGCAACAACAAUAUCCGGAUGGAAGAUGUGAAGCAGCUGACUGAGGUUGAGCUUGGUGAGCUGUUGGCGCAGAUUGAAUUGGCCGUUAAAGAUUACUCAGAGGAGCUGAUCCAACAGCUGGCACUGCGUGACGAGCUAGAGUUUGAGAAAGAGGUGAAAAACAGCUUCAUCUCCAUCCUCCUCGAGGUGCAGAACAAGCAGAAAGAGCACCGGGAAACAAUGAAGAAGAGAAAGAAGGAGAAAGGUGGCAUUUCAGCAGGUUUCCGGCAGGAGAGAGCAAGUCACAUGCCUGUGAAGCGUUUUAGCAUGGAAGGAAUCUCCAGUGUCAUCCAGAGUGGCAUUCGACAGACAUUUGGAAAUUCUGGCAACGAGAAGCAGUACCUAACCACAGUAAUACCAUAUGAGAAGAAGAAUGCACCUCCAACAGUUGAUGACCUUCAAAUUCUGACCACAAUCCUUCUGGCCAUGAAGGAGGACAGUGAGAAGGUUCCAGUUUUACUGACAGACUACAUUUUGAAAGUUCUGUGCCCAACUUAAAUCCAGGCGCUGACACUGU